AUGGCUAGCAAUGUUACAAACAAGACAGAUCCUCGCUCCAUGAACUCCCGUGUGUUCAUUGGGAAUCUCAACACUCUUGUGGUAAAGAAGUCUGAUGUGGAGGCGAUCUUCUCGAAGUAUGGCAAAAUUGUGGGUUGCUCUGUUCAUAAGGGCUUUGCCUUCGUCCAGUAUGUUAAUGAGAGAAAUGCCCGGGCUGCUGUAGCUGGAAAGGAUGGCAGAAUGAUUGCUGGCCAGGUUUUAGAUAUUAAUCCGGCUGCAGAGCCAAAAGUGGACAGAGGAAAAGCAGGUGUGAAACGAUCUGCAGCGGAGAUGUACGGCUCCUCUUUUGAUUUGGACUGUGACUUUCAACGUGAUUAUUAUGACAGGAUGUACAGUUACCCAGCACGUGUUCCACCACCGCCUCCUAUUGCUCGGGCUGUAGUGCCCUCAAAACGCCAGCGUGUAUCAGGAAACACCUCACGAAGGGGCAAAAGUGGCUUCAAUUCUAAGAGUGGCCAGCGGGGAUCUUCUUCCAAGUCUGGAAAGUUGAAAGGAGAUGAUCUUCAGGCCAUUAAGAAGGAGCUGACCCAGAUAAAACAAAAAGUGGAUUCUUUACUGGAAAGCCUGGAGAAAAUAGAAAAGGAACAGAGCAAACAAGCAGUUGAGAUGAAGAAUGAUAAGUCCGAAGAGGAGCAGACCAGCACCUCCCUGAAGAAAGAUGAGACUAAUGUGAAGAUGGAGUCUGAAGGUGCUGCUGAUGACUCUGCUGAGGAGGGGGAUCUACUGGAUGAUGAUGAAAAUGAAGAUCGGGCAGAUGACCAGCUGGAGUUGAUCAAGGAUGAUGAAAAAGAGGCUGAGGAAGGAGAGGAUGACAGAGACAUCGCCAAUGGCGAGGAUGACUCUUAAGCACAUAGUGGGGUUUAGAAAUCUUGUCCCAUUAUUUCUUUACCUAGGCGCUUGUCUAAGAUCAGAAUUUCACCAGAUCUUCUCCCCUAGUAUCUUCAGCACACACUCACUGUUCUUCCAAUCUUUAUCCUUCCCAUGUUCAUGAUUGCCCUGCGCCUAGUACCAUUUUCACUUCUUUUGAUGCUCCUAGUAGUUUUGUUAAGUCUUAUCCUGUAAUUUUUGCUGUUUAAUUUUGAUACCUCUUUAUGACUUAACAAUAAAAAGGUUGUAUGGUUUAAAAAAAAAAAAAAAAAAAGAAA